AUGGUCAAGAUUGGCUCCCGCUCCUCUCGUCGUCGCUCGACCCCCCAGAGCAUUCCGCCCUCGAUACCUCCGAAGCGUGCCCUCCUCAUCGGUAUCAACUACACUGGUGCCGACAAGGACUCGGAUUACGGCCCUUUGCACCGAGCACAGGAUGACGCGAAGGAGUUCAAGGACCUCCUCAUCAGCAGAUAUGAGUACCAGCCGGGAAACAUAGUCCUGAUGCUGGAUAGCGAGAGCGUCGCCCCCUCCCUCCGACCCACACGAGCAAACAUCCUCCGGGAGAUUGGUGAGCUGGUGAAGGAUGCACAAGACGGGAGCCGGUUUGUCUUCUUCUAUUCCGGACACUCCGGCCAGGUAGAAAGUCCUGACAGGCAAGAGGAAGACGAUGGGUUCGACGAGUUCAUAGUUCCCGUCGAUCAUGACAAGAUCCGGGUGAACCUAACCCAAGACGAGAACGGCAACGUGCCGCACCGUGAAGAGGUGAAGAAGCGCAUGAUCAUCGACAACAAGCUUCGCAAGAUGCUCGUGGACGCCCUCCCUAUCGGCGCUCACCUGACCGCGAUCUUCGACUCGUGCCAUUCGGGCACGUUGCUCGACCUGGACCACUAUCUGUGCAACAACGUCUACAACCCUCGGAUGAUGACCGGGUAUCGGAGGUACAAGACGAUGUGGCAGAACGUCCGCAGGAAGGACGGGCAACGAAUGAGCGAGGCUGGCGUCAAAGUUAUCACCAAGAAGCAGCGGCAUCCAGAUAGCAGAGAGCGUAUCAGCGCUCCCUCGUCCCCGCUGAGUAAAGAGGGCUCGUCUUCGUGCAGCGUCCGGAUAUACCAGCGCAAGCGGGUCAGCGAGAAUGAGAUGGAGGUGACGAACACCUCGGUUGGCGUCACCGAUAUCGACGGCGGCAAGAAGCGCCAGUUCUCCGUCGAGAGCAGGCGCGCGUCGGUCCAGGUUCGGCGUAGCCUGAGCAUCGCGCAAAUCAUAGAGAAUAGUGCGCUAGGGCUGUCCAUCGAUUCACUCGUCGACGACGAUGCUGGGCUGCUGGAUAUGGAGCGCUGCGCGUCGCCCGACUCGUAUAGGCUGUGCAAUGGGUUUUGCGAGCCAGAGCCAGGGGGGAGUUCUGCCCGGAGUGCUACUGUGAUGUCCAUAUCUUCCUGCCAAGACGCUCAGCUCACGUGGGAGUCGAAGAAAGGGUCGUUCACUCAGUGGUUAAUCUCCAUCCUCCGUCGGGAACCUCACCAGCCCAUCGGCAGUUUCCUACGGGAACUAACCGAUAAGAUGCACGAACACGCGCAAAGGAAGAACGAAUGGAGCCAGAAGCGUAAGGAGAGCUGGAGGCGCAAACACAAUGGAGGCAUGCCCUCGGAGGACUCCAACACCCUCGCCGGCUCUGACCAUGGCGAGUCAGCAGGGGUAGGACCCGAGGCCCAGUAUGCCGAGCAAUACCUGGACGGCCUUGACUUCGGCAACGUUCCAGCGCCUCAAUUGGGUGCUCAGGCUCGAGUCGAUCUCAAUCAGCCUAUGAACCUAUAGCGACGUUGUAUGCUCUGCCUUCUCGUCCGUUAUUGCUCCUUAAUCAUUCGUAUUCUCUGCGUCAUCCGGGACACGGCCAUCGUCUACUGUACAACUCACAAUGUCUAACGCAUACAUCCUCUGCAUUUAUUUGCUAGCAUACUUCCUACGCUGGAUAGUCUUUGGACUGAUCGUCAUUCUACUAUCCGAGACGCUCUACUUCUUUGUACCAACAUCCGCAUCCAACCGCACCCCACGCAUCAGCAUGUUUCAUGUAUAUAUACUAUUUGUGUCAG